UAGAAGGCUGCAUUGGAGAGACCAGGGGAGCUGGAACUGCAGCCACAAUUCUCUGGCCUUACUGGUCUGUGUGCCCCUUGGUGUCCUGGGCCUGAGUUUUGUUGAGUGAGAGUUUGCUGGACAAGAGGAUGCAGAACUAUAGCUGAGGACUGGACAGAGUGAUUGUGAUUGAGUCUACCUCUCCUCCCUCAGGGGGAAGCUUGCACUCUGACACCUUGGCCUCUGUGGAGUGGCAGUCUCCUUCCUCAGCCCCAAUGAUGCAAGCUCGCUACUCUGUGGCUGACCCCAAUACCCUGGGGGUUGUGCCCUACCUGAGUGAGCAGAACUACUACAGAACAGCUGGGACUUACAGCAGCAUGGCCACCCCAAUGAGUGUUUACCCUGGCCACGAGCAGUACACUCCAGGGAUGGGAAGGUCCUAUGGACCCUACCACCACCACCAGCCAACAGCACCCAAGGACCUGGUGAAACCCCCCUACAGUUACAUUGCACUCAUCACCAUGGCCAUUCAGAACGCCCCUGAGAAGAAGAUCACCCUAAAUGGGAUUUAUCAAUUCAUUAUGGAUCGGUUUCCUUUUUACCGAGAGAACAAGCAGGGUUGGCAGAACAGCAUCAGGCAUAACCUGUCCCUCAAUGAGUGCUUUGUCAAGGUGCCCAGGGACGAUAAGAAACCUGGCAAAGGCAGCUACUGGACCCUGGACCCUGACUCCUACAACAUGUUCGAGAAUGGCAGCUUCCUCAGGCGGAGGAGGAGGUUUAAGAAGAAGGAUGUCUGCAAAGACAAGGAUGAAAGGCACAUCAAGGACCAGGGCAAGCUUCAAAGCUCCAUCUCCAGCAUGGACAUGGCCAAGGACCUCGGCCACGAGAAGAAGAUCGUCAUCAAGAGCGAAUCCCCCGAGCUGCCGGUGAUUACCAAGGUGGAGAACGUCAGCCCUGGGGGUGGCAGUGCCAUGCAGGACAGUCCUAGGAGUGUGACAUCUACUCCAUCGGUGUCCACAGAGAGCUCCCUCCCUGAGCACCACCCAGCCAGCAACGGGCUCUCAGGGUUCAGUGUGGAGAACAUCAUGACCUUAAGGACUUCUCCUCAUGGGGAGAUCAGCCCUGUGCCAGCUGUACCCUGCAGGACGGGCAUGGUGCCCUCAUUGCCUAUAAACUAUGCUCAGACUCAGCCCUCUCUGUACAGCCAGGCGUGCACCCAAGGAAUGGACACUAGUGGGAGCUAUCAGUGCAGUAUGAGAGCCAUGAGCCUAUACACAGGUGACAGGCCAAGCCACAUGUGUGUCCCCACCUCACUGGAAGAGACCAUCUCAGACCAUCACAAUGGUACAACGUCCCCAUUAAAUUCCAUGAGCCUUGGCACAAACCAGGAUAGUGUCCUAACCUCCAGCCACCACCAGCAGAGUGGGUCCACUGGACAGGCUGCCUCCUGGUACCUGAACCACAGUGCAGACCUCAGCCACCUCUCUGGGCACACCUUUGGGUCCCAGCAACCGACUUUCCCAAAUGUCAGAGAAAUGUUUAACUCUCAGCGCCUGGGCAUUGAAAGCUCAGCCCUCAGUGAGCAUCAGGUGAGCGGUAACAACAGCUGUCAGAUACCCUAUAGAUCGUCUCCCUCCAUAUACCGACAUGCCACCCCCUACCCUUAUGACUGCACUAAGUAUUGACAUAAACCAGCUUGUUCGGACUGGCUUAAGUGACAAUAAAAAACACCUUAAACAGUUACAAACAAAACCAAAGGGUUCUUCUUAAGAACAAAGGAACAGCUGGCAAGCCAUUGACUUUGGUAAAUAUAUAAAAUAUAUAUUAUACAGAUAGCUAUAUCAUGUUUAACAAGUAAGACCUACUUGAAUAAAAAUGAAGAUUAUUUAAUAAAAAAAAAAACUAGCCAUAAAAUAUACAAAAUAAAUAAAUAAAAUCGUCAGAUCUGUGCCACAAUGUAUGAUCUGGACUGAAAAGUAAGGACCAACCGUUACAGACCGUGUGAUGUGUUUAAAUCUGUUCCCUUUGGCUCUUGAAAAAAUAUUAUAAAUUUCUCAUUGUUUUCUGUAAGUUGUGUGAAACAGGCUGAGAUUCAGAAUCAUUAAUUAUAAUAUUUAAAGUUGAGUUCACUGGAUUUAUUGUUUAAUUGGUGCCAGCAAGUUUCUAAUUGCCAAACUGAAACAAACCAACAACAUAAUGUUUUUUUCAUCCUCCUGUAUAAAUAUUAGCGAUAGGAUUUCUUACACAGUUUAUAUUUUCCAUGUUUUCCUAUUAAUAAAUGAGAUUAUUUAUUUUUCCCUCUUUCGGUGGGACAGAAAUGUUAAUUCUUUCGUUGUAAUUGUGCUGUCUGUUUCUGACCAUUCCUGGCCACUUCUGUUCGUGUUAUUCGUUGUGUCUGUGGUCCCAAACUAUUUGUAUUUUACAAUAAACAGUCGCUGUGUUACAGCUUAAAUAUUGCUACAA